UCGAUUCGCGUAAGGUGGAAAUUUUACCCAUUUUCUUCCAUGGAUAGUCGGAAAUUCUCUUCGCCGAUAAUUGGUAUUGUCGACCGACAUUAAAAGUCAAUUUAGAUUCUAAUCGUUGCGACUAGGUGCAUGGAAUAUUACGAUAUUUGUGAAUAUAAAGCGGCGCAAAUCUGUUGUUACAAUCACACUGAUUACCUGGCACCCAUGAAGACUGCACUCCUUUUGUUUUUAGUCUACAGCUUCGGCCAAUCGAGCAAGUUGCCCGCCGAUUACAAGAGAUGCGAUCGUAAUGAUCCGAAUUUCAAUGGGUGCCUGAAGGACGCCCUAGAGCACGCAAUCUCAAGGUUGGCCAACGGCGACAAGAGCUUAGGAAUUCCUCCGCUAGAGCCCAUACACAUACCUCACGCCGUGCUCAAAGAAGGAACGGGCGCAGUUCACGUGGUCCAAAAAUUCACCAACCUCAACAUUCACAAGCUGACGAAGUCAUCCAUAACGGGCUUUAGCUCCACGCUCACCAAAACCCAACUCUCAUUCACCCUCAAUAUAACCGCACCCGAGUACGUUCUGGAGGCAGAUUACGACUUCAACGGUCGCCUUCUGGUGCUUCCGGUCGUCGGCGUCGGCAAAUCCAAAGUCAAUCUUUACAAUGUAAACACAAAAUUGGAACUCGGAGGUGAAUACGUGUCGAGGAACGGCCAGCAGUACUUCGACGUUAAGAGCUUCGACGUGAAGCUGGCCCCCGGAAAGGUCACGUACCGAUUCGAGAACCUAUUCAACGGCAACCAGGAGCUGAGCAACCAAAUACACACCGUCCUCAACGAGAACUGGAGGGAGGUGUUUUACGAUGUUAAGGACGGUUACGAGGAGCUGAUCGCCACCGUCGCCAGGGCGUACGCGAAUCAAUUGUUUUCGAAGAUACCAGUUAAAAACAUAUUUUUAAAGUAGCUUUAGUGUGUGGUGUUUGUUUGUACAUAGAGAAUAAAGAUUUUAUUUACAA